AUGAUACGAUCACAAAUAAUUAUCAGCACGAGACGAUUUCUGUCGACCGCCGUUUCCAAAAAGACCGUCGUCACCACGCCGAUCUUCUAUGUCAAUUCUAAACCCCAUAUCGGUCACUACUACUCGAUGACAUUGGCCGAUGUCUACAACAGAUGGCUAAAGUUCAACGGGGAAUCAACAUAUUUCACCACUGGAACAGACGAACACGGCCUCAAGGUACAGACUGCCGCUCAGGCUAUUGGAAAGGAUCCGAAACUGUUCUGUGACGGGUUGUCGGCCAAAUUUAAAGAGCUCGCAGCCACAGGCGACAUCAACUACGACAGAUUCAUCAGAACAACAGACCCCGACCAUCUCACGGCUGUCCAGCAUUUCUGGACCGUUCUCAAGGAAAAUGGCCAUAUCUACAAAGGUGAGCACUCCGGCUGGUAUUCUGUGUCUGACGAAUGCUUCUACACCGAUCAGGACGUGGAGGAAGUGGACGGGAAAAUGGUGGCCAAGGAAACCGGGGCUUCCGUGGCAUUCGAGUCUGAGCAGAACUACUUCUUCAGACUCAGCAGUUUCCAGGACCGUCUGAUCCAGCUGCUCGAAUCCAACCCCUCGUUUGUCCAACCAGCCGUGUACUACACCACGCUGUUGAAAAGCCUUAAGGCACGUGACUUGGAGGAUCUGAGCAUUUCUCGGCCUGGAUCGCGGGUGAGCUGGGGUAUAGACGUUCCAGACGACUCGUCGCAGAAGAUGUACGUGUGGUUCGACGCUCUAAUUAACUAUCUCACGUGUAUGGGGUACCCGGGAACGGAGCCUUUGCCGGACACUCUUGUUCAUCUUGUUGGCAAGGAGAUUGUCAAAUUCCACUGCGUUCAUUGGCCGUGUUUCCUGAUGGCUUGCGAGCUCCCACUUCCACGGUCCGUGUUUGUGCAUGGCCAUUGGCUGAUGGACGGCCGUAAGAUGAGCAAGAGUCGCGGAAAUGUGGCCGAUCCUAUUGAAAUAGCAGAAAAGUACGACAUCGACGCUCUGCGACUGUUUAUGAUGCGGUUCUCCGUUCUGGAUGGAGACUGCGACUACUCAGAGCCAAAGCUGAACGCCACAAGAAACGAGUUCAUUGAUAAGUUCUGCAAUCUGCUCACACGCUCGUUGUCCAAAAAGUUCCACAUUUCCAGAGCGUUGCAAAGAGUUGAACAGGAAGGACUACCAGCUUUACUGAGUCAAGUGGACGACCAAUUUUCCAAAGACAUAACUGACCUAUAUAAACAGAUCGAUGAGCUUGCCGAUCUAGUUGAUCCGCUCUACCGCAAGAUGGAGCUCCACAAGGCUGUGCAGACUCUCUGGAGACUUCUGCCAAACGUGAACGGACUGUUUGACGUUUACGAGCCGUGGAAGCUCAAGGGUCUCGAGAACGAGCUGAAACAGGACCUGGUGAUCUUCAGCGCACUGGACUCGCUGCGGUGUCUGCUCAUUUUGCUGCAACCGGUGAUUCCUAACUAUUCAAAGAUGUUGCUUGACAGACUGCAGGUUUCCCCAGAAAGAAGAACGCGUGAGUUUGCACAGAUCGGCAAAGACACCACGUACGCGCACUCCGCCACGUUCGCCAAGGGAGAGAAGGUGCCGUUGCAAAAGAUUCAGCUCUAG